UUCUACUCCUUCGGCCACUCCUCCGUCGAUGGCGUUGUCUCUGCUUUUCUCUCGGGACAACGUCCUGUUCCUGUUCCUAAUCCCGAGGAUGACAAAGCGAUGAGGGAGGACGUUGGUAUCUGUUUGACUCGUAAGGAUCUAGGGUUAGGGUUUUGGUGGAACAACGAGAGGCUUAUCAGAUCGGAGAAUCCGCGAGAGAUUAGUGACGCGAUUGAUUCCAUGUGGACGUUGUUGGGUAAUCUCAAGGAAUUGCGUGCGGAGGAAGCCUCUUUCGUUAAUAAUAAUCAAGCUUUCGUUAAUGAUGAUCACGAGGACCUGAAGAACAACGAUAAGAGCGGUUUUAUCUUAGACGGCAUCACUGAAGAACAAGAUCAGAUCCUCCCGCUUUGUGAAAGCUUCUGCGUUACGGACAACAACAACUCUUUUACUGACUUGGAUUUCGAUCAAGAGCUGGAUAUUGAUCAACUCAUUGAUUUCGAUACUAAUUUUGAAAGCUCCCUUGAUAAUUGGUAUACUCAUGAGGAGAUUGGUUUGAACCUCGAUCAGUGUUUUCCAUAUAUCAGCUAA